AUAUAUAAUGCUCGUUAAUAGCGUUAAAGUGUUAAUAGGUGUUUUUAAUUACUAAGUUUGUGAUAUCACUACAUCAAUGACAACAAACGCAAAUAUAGACGAAAAUUUUGAAAACCCAGACUUCGACGAAGAUGAAUUGGGUGAGGAGCAGUUUGUCUCCACUACGGCUGGAAGGAAACGACUGUUCAGCAAAGAACUGCGAUGCAUGAUGUAUGGUUUUGGAGAUGAUAAGAACCCAUAUACCGAAAGUGUGGACUUGUUGGAGGACGUGGUAAUUGAAUUCAUAACCGAAAUGACACACAAGGCAAUGGAAAUCGGGCGUACUGGUCGUGUACAAGUAGAAGAUAUUAUAUUCUUAGUUCGAAAGGACCAAAGAAAAUAUGCGCGAGUCAAAGAUUUGUUAACCAUGAAUGAAGAAUUGAAAAAGGCGAGAAAGGCAUUUGAUGAAAUUAAAUAUGUGGGUAAUGAGGCAAAAAUCAAAUGACAAAAAUCUAAAUAACAACAUUUGUGUGAUGUAUUUGCAAUGUAUAUUUUUUAGAACAAUUAAAAUAUUCUAGUAACAA